CCGCUCCCGCGUUGUGAUUCAACUGGAGAAAGGAUAAAGUGUCCAAACACAGAGAAAAACUCCUGCUGAAGCGACUGAUCUCCACACUGUUAUAAAGAUGGCGUUUAUUAAAGUGGAGACUGAAGACCUAAAGAUUGAAGAAACGUUCACAGUCAAACAGGAAGAUCUGCAGGAACAAACAGACCUAAUUGAAGAGAAUAAGGGGAGUAAAGAGGAGGAACAUCAUGUCAAAAUUGAGGAAAAAACUCAUUCACAGACUGAUGGUAUUUUGAAAAGGAGAGGCAAGAAUCGUUUCACGUGCACCUGCACUCAGUGUGGAAAGAGUUUUGGAAAAAAAGGCUAUCUUAAGAUUCACAUGAUGAUCCACACUGGAGAGAAACCAUUCACAUGCACUCAGUGUGGGAAGAGUUUCAGCCAAUCAUCAUCCCUUAAUGGCCACAUGAGGAUCCACACUGGAGAGAAACCAUUCACAUGCACUCAGUGUGGGAAGAGUUUCAGCCAUUCAUCAUCCCUUAAAGACCACAUGAGGAUUCACACAGGAGAGAAACCAUUCACAUGCACUCAGUGUGGGAAGAGUUUCAGCCUUUCAUCAUCCCUUAAUCACCACAUGAGGAUCCACACUGGAGAGAAACCAUUCACAUGCACUCAGUGUGGGAAAAGUUUCAGCCAUUCAUCAUCCCAUUAUCACCACAUGAGGAUCCACACUGGAGAGAAACCAUUCAUAUGCACUCAGUGUGGGAAGAGUUUCAGCCAAUCAUCAUCCCUUAAUAAACACAUGAGGAUCCACACUGGAGAGAAACCAUUCAUAUGCACUCAGUGUGGGAAGAGUUUCAGCCAAUCAUCAAACUUUAAUCUACACAUGAAGAUCCACACUGGAAAGAAACCAUUCACUUGCAUUUGAGCCGCGGUCACACUGGACUUUUCUCCCCAUAGAUCAUAGAUCAAAACAUGACCUCUCUGGACAGAAAUGUAAAAUAUGGACCCAAUCGCUCACUUUUUUAAUGUCUAAUCAUCUUGUUUAAUCCCGCUCCUUUUUGCAGCACCGUACAACAGAAUUUUGCAUGCUCAAACUCUAGUGUGACCGCAGCUUUGGUGUGGGAUGAGUUUCAGCUACUCAUCAGACCUUAAUAAACACAUGAAGAUCCACACUGGAGAGAAACCAUUCACAUGGACUCAGUGUGGAAAGAGUUUCAACCGAUCAGCAAACCUUAAUGAACACAUGAAGAUCCACACUGGUGUGAAAGAGUACAUGUGCUUGAGUGUGAGAAGACUUUUAUUACAGCUCCAAAAUUUAAACAGCACCAUGCGAUUCACAGUGGAGAACACACCGGACAUCAGACAAGGUGGAGCUCCAGGAUGGUUAGUUUGCAAUGUACCAGGGCCUCAGUUUAGAAAGCUCAUUCAAUUGUCCUGUGUUGCAUGUUUUAUUAGUGAGUUUCUUUACUUUUAGGUUCAAGAUUCUUUCUAGUUUACUACAUUUACUUUUUUGAGUAGAAUACAAACUUGAUGAAUAUUUUAUGAUUUAGGCAGAGCGACAGGUAUUAAGUUUUACAAUAUUAAUACACUGUGAUGAUCCCUAGACUCCAGAUUGGAGUGUGUGGUAAAUCCUGAUUGGAUGCCUGCAUUACUCAAUGGGUAUAUAAAAGUUAUUGUGCUAGCUACCCUGUAGCUGUGGCUACUCAGGAGUCCUCAUGUCAAGACCUGCCAUCUUAUUGACUCUUUAACCUUAUGGUUUUGUUUUGCAUUACUUUGCAUUGUUUUGCAGUAUCAUGUAGUUAAAGUGUUGUUGUGAUUUAUAUCCUAAGUUCUUAAUCUUCAUUAUUACCUCUAGACUAUGUUGGUUGCUUUGAUUGAUUGUUCUAUAAGUUACACUUUAUAAUAAAUGAUUUGCAUUCAG